AUGGAUCCUCCUCUCAUCACUGACUCCACAUUCUCGCCUGCUUACACCCUCGCCGACAUUUGGCUCGGAAGCCCCCCUUUCCCCCCCGCCUCCGCCGAUCAAUCCGCCUUCACCCACCUCGCCACCGCCUCCUGCAAGAGGAAGGAUGCCGUCACCGACGACGACGACGACCACUGCUCCAAGAAUGAUUCUGGUUGCAAUAAAAGGAUGAAGUUGGGAGGGUCCAGCGUUGAGAGUGAUAGUUUGAAAGGUGAAGGAGAAACGAGUUCUGUGGGUGGUAACAAGUCAAGUGAACAAAGCACUAUACCUUGUGAGGCACCUAAGCAAGACUACAUUCAUGUGAGAGCAAGAAGGGGCCAAGCUACUGAUAGCCACAGUCUAGCAGAAAGAGCAAGAAGAGAAAAAAUCAGUGAGAGAAUGAAAAUUCUUCAGGAUUUGGUUCCUGGGUGUAACAAGGUAACUGGUAAAGCCCUUGUCCUAGAUGAGAUAAUCAAUUACAUCCAGUCGCUGCAGCGUCAGGUUGAGUUCCUUUCUAUGAAGCUCGAAGCAGUUAAUUCAAGGAUGAACAUGAACCCUAGCAUAGAUGGAUUUCCUUUAAAAGAUGAUGGUGGUACUCAACGAUUCGACAUUGCAGGAAUGGUUUUUGGAUCACAAGCAGCAAGGGGGUAUGCUCAGGGAUCACAUCUUGGAUGGCUGCAUAUGCAGAUCGGUGGUGGUUUGAGGGAACAACAUGAUUAA